AUGGCCACUGUCAAUCUUAUACAAAGCAAAGGGAACAGCCACUUGUCGUGGUCAAAUGCGGUCCAAACCAAACACGGAAUGUCUUCAUGCUCAGAGUUUACCCAGAAUGCAUGGCGCCAUGACCUUUGUGCAAACUGUCAAAGGUCAAGGUCGGAACAUGGACCGUCCACAAGAGGGAGGAAGACAGGGUCGUCAAUGUCAUCACCGGUUCCCACAAAGAGGCGGUCGGUCAUUUUAAAACCGAGUCAGUCCAACGGACUGCAUGUCCAGAAUUGUGGGAAACUCGUACUAGACAGCGGUGAUAUUGAAACCCCCAACUCCUCAAAAAGCAGUGUGUGUAAAAUUCAGAAUGGACAUGAAAGCGGAAAGCAACUAAGCCUAAGCAAAGGAGAUGGUCUUUCAGUCAGCAAGUCUCUGGAUAAGAAGAAAAACAGAAAGGAAUGUAAAAUUGGAAAAGUUAUUUUUAAAGAAAGCGAGCCGGAAAUCAUUGGUUACGAUGGAGGUGUUGAUAAUUUGCUAGACGAUGAGCCUGAAGACGCGGUUGAUUCCGUCUCCGUGGGAGACGAACUGUCACUGACAGAAGAGGAAAAACAAUUCGCUCUACUCGCCCUCGAAAACACUGUCUGGAAUUCCGACGUUGCCAAUUUAAAAUCUGCAAAUUCCACGAAAGCGCUUUCUAGAAAGACAUCCUGUAAAGAGUUUGAAGAUUUAGAUUUAAAUUCCUUACUACGCAGUGAUCGUUUUCAUAAUCUGUCCGACUGUGAUGGAACGAUUAGAAUAUACGGGACGUUCCCCAUGCGGAAGAAACCAUUGUCGAAGAUGUCUCUGGACGAUGUUUUUUCGUCCGAUAUAGAACUACAGCGUAUCGCUGAUAAUAUUGGUGACAGAGCGGACAGUGAGUCUUCAGGAUCGGAACACUACAAGAAUCCGUGUGUGGAAAAACUUAAAUCUGUUUCACCUUCUAUGACAUCAUCAUCACCAUCAUCAUCGUUGUCAUCUGAUAGUGACAAGAUGACAACCCCUGCAGAGUCCGAUUCCGUUGUUGCAUACAAAAUUGUUAAUAUCAUUCGUAAAGACAACACGGAAUCGUACACAGUGGAUGACAUAACUGAUUGCUUGUAUGAAGCAUCUAUGUCUGGGUCGGUAACAGAAUCAUCUGUGACAGAAGGAAAUUCUGGGAAGGAUGCUUCUGCUACAGAUGAGAAAACAAGCUCCAAUCCCAUGAUAGACUGGGAAAAGAAAUUUGACUCGAAUGCUUCGUUUUCUGAUUCUGAAAGUACAAUAGCCGGUUUGGAAGUUGUUGAACUUCUCAAUGACGUUUUGGCGAGUUAUGGUGGGAUGGAGAUUAAAUACAGUGACUUUUUAACUGACUCCACAGCUAGUGAUAACAGGCAGAAUGAAUCUUCCACUGACAGUCCUGUUGUUGCUAAAAAGGAGACGGGAAAACUUCCAAAAAAAUCUACCGAUUUUGAAGCACGGAUGGCAACCGUUGCCGCAAACUUAGACUUGACCAAAACUAGAAGCAAACGUCCUGCACCAAGACCACCCAGCCCCCCACCACCAGAGCCUCACAUCUCACCAAAACGGCCCACAUCUCCAACUAAACGUUCAACGUCACCGACCAAACGUUUAACCAAUCCUGCCGCCCCCAUCUCUGAACCUAACUUCAAGAUGGUAACCAUGGGCAAGUCCAUAGUAACCAUGCCAAACGUCGACCAACCGUUAAGCGAUAAGUCUAGUUCCGAACCAAUCUUAGGUCUUCAAGAUUCAGACUCGAUGGAAAAUGUUCGAGGUAAGUCAGCAGAUGCCGCUAAAAGCAGACGCGGGUUCACGUCUUUCUUCAGGAAUAUAUUACGACGAGGACGAGAAUCUCCCGAAGUUGCCAUGGAAAUUAAUCCCGAUAUUACGUUCCUGAAAGCUGAGCAACCAAGAACCGAAGACUCUGUUGUCAGUGCCGAAUCAAAGGACAAUUCUGCUGCAGGGUCCCCGGGGGAGAAAAGGAGUUCGAAGUUCUCCCCUCAGGCGAAAUUCCGAGUGCUUCCACCAUCAUCAGUACCUCCAGUUAGUGCCACGAAUUCUGCUGAAGCUCCUACAGAUGCUGAAUCGGAUUCGAAAGUGACCAAGAACAAACCUGCUGAUGUUUCAAAGAGUCCAUCGUUGAUGACGCAGAACAAAGGAUGCUCAAGUCCAAAACAGACUCCGAAGCAUGAAGGGACGAAGACGUCAUCUCCACAGCUCAAGAGGUCAUCAGUGUGUCAGACAAAAGAAGAAGGUCAAAGUUCACGACCUCAGCUUCCUGCCAAACCACCUCCUAUUGGUGAUGACGGAACUCUGAGACAUCGUUCUGCAAAACCAUCAUCAGCAGACGAUGGCUCCACGGCCGUUGUUCGGCGCCGCGCCAAGAGUCCCAAGAGAACCGCACCCCCAGCCCCUCCAGUCCGAACCUCUGUUCCAAACCGCAUUACAGAAUCACGAAAUCGCGACUUCGCCCGCGAACUGGAACUCCGUCUUAGUCGAUCUACGGAAGGUGCUGCCUCGAUUAAAGAUUCGGCAAAAGUCUCGGGGCAUCCCUCGUCACCGACGUCCCCCGUACCUGAGCUAGAUGAAUCGGUCCCCAGUUCCCCGACAGAGAAAGAAAGUGCUAAGAGUUUCAGUCAUGCCGAGAGUCCGAAAAUAAGUAAGAAAGUCACAAUAGCGAAAGAACAGAAAAAUGUUGCGGCUAAGGAAAAAAAUGUGAAAGACAAACCCAAGUCUCCGACGUCUAAAGAGAAACCCGAGGAAUCUAAAGCGAUGGAGUCGGAGCCGCUCAGAGAAAAGAUUGAACUUCCUACAGUCCUGCCUCAGAGUCGCAAAAGCUUUCUCGGGAAACUGGCGAACAAGAAGUCGAGGGCUCCAGCCCCACCACCGCCUUCGGUGAAGCGAGCCAAGUCGAUCACGGAAACAACGCUGCCCAGAAGGUCGAAGAAGAUAAAUGUGGCUGAUAUUUCCGGACCAGUCAUGGUAACGGAUAUGACAAACACAAGAAUUCUGACCAAUCGGCGCAACACGCUGUCGCUAGGCGACGACACAGCUUUUGCGUCAGGCCAACCUUCAUCUGCCACAGAUAAAUAUAUGGACGACCUUCCUCCAAUCUCUCCCAUUGGCUCAUUUGAUAAUCUUUACGAAUCCAUUCUUCCCAAAAUGGGAGGCCCUCACCAAAUUAACCCGAUUACCGGUGAGAUCAUCUCUAAGGGUCCAAUCUGCCCUAACAUUCCGGCGGAGGGCUACCUGGAGCCGGUGCCCCCCAAUUCCAACACCUCAGAACUCACCGGUGAGUCGAUGAUGACAUCAUCAAUGAUGUCAUCAUCGAUCGUGUCAAUAGGAUCUCUGGGGUCAGGAAUUCCGGCAGCAAUGACAACAUCGACGAUGUCCAUGGUUUCUGUCGGUGCCCCGUCGACCAUAGAAGAAGAGGAUGCCGUCUCGGAGGUGUUCGAUGAGCCGGAUGAAAACCGCUUACAGGUUUUAGCCUCGCAGCCCAUCUACGAAGAAAUUCCUAACGGAUAUACUAUUAACCAAAAACCUAGUCAUAAUAAAUCAAACACGGAAGAACCACCCUCUUCUGUCUCUCUCCCCUCGCAAACAAACCUCGGGCUUCCAAACGUGACGAUACGUUCUCAGUCUAAAGAAACAAUAUCUUCAGAAUCGGAUUCGCAGUCCAACAGCAGCACCCUCUCCCGACCGAAACCGGCUCCACGACGGAAACCAAAAAGAUCGGAGAAGUGUCUGUCGGAGCAAUAUGUUUCAAUGAAUCGCCCGAACCCGGCGGUGAUGUUGGGAGAGGAGAGGUUGCGAGAAGUGUAUUCUAAGCUGACCACGAUGAAUCUACAGACACUGCAGGAUGUGUAUAGUCAGGUGGAGAAGAUACUCGCGCAGGAGAAGCUGGUGGUGUCAAGCACGCAACAGAUAAAGUGGCAGGACUUCGAUCUCUUUGGACAGCCGGUGCAUUCCUCUGAGAGGUGUAUCGUCUACAAUGCAAAAUUCAGGGCCCAUAACUCUCCAUGUCAACUCAUGCUGCUGCAUUCCAGAUCUGCGACAGAGACGUCAUCACUGACACACCCGAGUCUGUUGAAACCCGUCGUCGUCUUCGCGGACACCAUUCCGUUCUCCUUCCUCACCGAAGAGUUCAUCAAGACGAGUCAGCUCGUUCAGAACUCCAUCUACGACACAAGUCUCGCCAAGUGCUUCUGCGCCGUCGGAAACUUCGAUAUAAUCGAGAACCUAGACAGCCACUUGACCUUGUUACGCGAGACCUUGACGCACAAUCUUGACGCGUACAUGCACGUGAUACUUUCCGUCGUUCUUCAGCUCCUCAGCUCCAUGUCGCACUGUCUCGAUCAAGGAUUCACCGUUUCCGAGCGCGACUUCCGAGAUAUUUAUCUCGUGUCGCGGUCCGACCUCCGUGGGAAGGUCAUAACAUUCUUACCUCACCAGCGAUCGCGCGACGUCCCGCAAGGCGAAUCCAUGUGCAAUUUUCUCGACAGACUUCUAAACGAUGCGUCUGAAAUGUACAGUGUGGACGACGAUGACGAUAUCGAAGAUGAGAACUUUUCCGCCAACAUACAGACUGUUGAGAUGAUAAAAACGCUACGUGCCAUGCUAGAGCCGCGGAAGAUCGAAUGUCUCGCACAGGUUCGGUCGGUCGUCGAGUAUAUAUUGUGGGGACCAAAUAAGGAUCCGACGGUUGAAGAGGUCACGAGGAGUAGUCUGGAGCAGGAUAUGUCGUCGUGGUUGGAGGCAGAACGUGCUAUGGCCGUGAGUCAGUUCGCUAAAAACUCAAACGGUUUUGCGUCUGGCCUGUCGUUAGACGAAUACUACAGACUAAAGUUUCUCUUGAAAUCUAGCGCUACAAGCCUCGCCGAGAGUGCUAGGAAGCUAGUCAGCUAGUGGAGUACGUCCUCCACGAUUGAUGGUUUUACUAGUCAGUGUUGUGUGUGAGUUAUCCUUCUUGCAAAGUCUGUGUUUGUGUCUCUGACCCAUCUCGUCUAAGAACCAAGGUUUACAGUUAAUGCAGACCUCGCUGUUAAUGCAGCUAAUGGAGUUGUCCUCCUUGAUUGGUUUUACUAGUCAGUGUUGUGUGUGAGUUAUCCUUCUUGCAAAGUCUGUGUUUGUGUCUCUGACCCAUCUCGCCUAAGAAAAUCUUUUUUUUUUAAAGAUACUGUCCUGUGUUUGCAUCUAAGCAUUUUUAUAACUAAAAUUAUAUAUGAAUUGCAUUUUGGAUGUAGCCCAGUGGUAAAGUGCUCACUUGAUGUGCGAUCUAUUUGCCCCAGUUUAUAAUAUAAUGAUUUCAGUACUUGUUGGAAAUUAGUAUUGAAAAAAAGUAAAAUACCAGUACAAGCCACAAAGGAAAUCCAAAUGUGUAAAGCCGGGACAUAAAUUGCUCGCUUGAUGCACGGUCGGUUUGGGUUUGAUCCCCAUCGGUGGGCCCAUUGGGUUGUUUCUCGUUCCAGCCAGUGCACCUGGUGUAUCAAAGGCUGUGGUAUGUGAAGA